GCUACUUUUACCGUGUCUUUGAGUGCGUUCCGAUAGCGUACUUAUUCUGUUGUGUGAUAAGUCACAUCAAAUUUCGGAAUGAGUUCAAAAAACGUUCCAUCCAUAUUGCUUAGCUUUCUUUUGCUCGCGGUGUUGGUUUCGUGUGCAAAUAUUGGCUUAACUACAACCAACCAUAAAACCACCACCCAUGUGACGACGCCGCGCCCCACCCCAGAGAAAUUUGAAUACACAAACCUCUGGUAUCGUUACGAUUCAGUAUCACAUUUCAUGUGCUCUUCGCAUGCCACGAGAUUGAUGAGGGUGUGUCUGUGUUACCAUGUGCCCUACGAAGAACAACAUUUACUGCAAGAUUCAGGAAAACUUCAAGAAGUUGAGGAGAGAAUACUUCGUCUCUAUCUCGAUGGACAUACCAUCCCAAUGAGUGAUCUUCGGUUUUAUAGUGACGACAACUACCAAAUGUGUAAUGGGUACGGUAGACACAUUGAUACGACAAUCCUUCGAGUGUAUCAGUGAAAUUUCAAUAAAACACUCAACUCAAAAAA